CAGCAACCAACUUGUUCUUCCCGGAUUUCCUCUCCCUCUUCCCCCACAGUCCAGCGCCAACCACUCUGCUCCGCUCCACCGACAGCCGCGGCCGCCGGAUGACGGUGUUCCGCGGCCCUCCCGGCCGCCCCUCCGCCCUCGUGGCCUGGUGGAGGAGGCGCCCGCCGCUGGGCUUCGCCGCCAAGGUCUCGAUCGCCAUCGCGCUCGGCCUCUCCUUCGUCAUCGUAUGGACCACGCUCUCCCCGACCUCAGCCUCCCAGCAGAUCUCCACCGAGCGCACCUACUUCGCCGCCGAGAUCGCGGAGCCGCCGACCGCCUCCCGCAACCGCACCAGCGGCAGCCACGGGAAGCCCCACGCCACCAGGAGCUCCCGCGGCCACAAGAAGCGCCAUUCCCCAACCAGAUCCCACUCCCACCGUCCCAAUGCUACCCCCUCGCCUGAUGCCACGGCGUCGAAGACAAAUCUCACCGAGCCGGCUCUGAGACCCGAUCAAGAACCCAAUGAGAAGGGGCCGGAGCCGGUGACGGAGACGGAGACAGAGCCGGAGGAGGAACAGGAGCAGGAGGUGGAAUUGUCCGUGCCGGAGGACAACGGGGAGAACACCGGGAAGGCGCCUAAGGAGGAGGAUGAGAAGGCGCCGGAGCUGGAUUUGGUCGACGAGUCGAGUGAGCUAGACGGCGACGAGGAGGACCCGGAGGCGGCGAAGAGGAAUCCUUCGAAGGAGAAGAAGAAACUCCCGCAUCUGUUCAGCCCAGCCGCGCAUUACCACUGGAAGCAGUGCAGCGCCAAGAGCGGCCACCACUACAUCCCUUGCGUGGAUUUCGAUGCGGAUGGGAGCCAGAGGCACCACGAGCGGAGCUGCCCAAGGUCGCCGGUGACAUGCCUGGUGUCACUGCCGAAGGAGUAUAAACCGCCUGUUCCAUGGCCGGAGAGGAAGGAGAAGGUUUGGUACGAGAAUAUUGGGCAUCCUAGGUUGGCAAGUUAUGCCAAGGGCCACAGCUGGCUGAAUCGGACCGGUGAGCACCUUGUGUUCCCACCGGAGGAAUCAGAGUUCAAAGGUGGCGCGAGCCAUUAUAUUGAAUCAAUUGACGAGAUGGCACCUGAUAUUGACUGGGGUAAAAAUAUUCGCGUAGCAUUGGACAUCGGGUGCAAAAGUGCUGGAUUUGGAGUCGCUCUACUUGAGAAGGAUGUGAUUACACUAUCUUUAGGCCUUGCGAAUGAACAAACUGAUCUUGCGCAAGUUGCCCUCGAACGUGGCAUCCCAGCAACAGUUGGCAGUCUGGGAUCAAGAAGAUUACCCUUUCCUAGUGGUGCAUUUGAUGUUAUUCACUGCAGUGAAUGCAACAUAGCAUGGCAUUCUAAUGGUGGAAAGCUUCUCCUAGAGAUGAAUAGGAUCCUUCGCCCAGGAGGAUACUUCAUUAUAUCGAGCAGGCAUGGUGACCUCGAGAGUGAAAAAGGAAUAUCAGCUUCAAUGACUGCGCUUUGUUGGAACGCAGUAGCUUACAAUAGUGAUGAUGUCAGUGAGCUUGGAGUAAAAAUAUUUCAACGACCAGCCUCAAAUGAGGAAUAUGAUCUGAGAGCCAGAAAAGAUCCUCCAUUUUGCAAGGAAGAUCAAAACAAAGCUACUGCAUGGUAUAUUCCAAUCAAGCACUGCCUGCACAAAGCCCCUGCUGAUAUUGAAGAAAGAGGUAGUGAGUGGCCUGAAGAGUGGCCCAAGAGGCUCGAGACUUUUCCUGACUGGCUUGGCGACAUGCAAACAAGGGUGGCUGCUGAUCAUAACCAUUGGAAGGCCGUUGUUGAAAAAUCGUAUCUGGAUGGCUUGGGCAUUGAUUGGUCAAAUACUCGAAACGUACUGGAUAUGAAAGCUGUAUAUGGAGGAUUUGCUGCGGCUUUGUCAUCCAAAAAAGUUUGGGUCAUGAAUGUUGUUCCCGUGCAUGCUCCAGAUACUCUACCUGUAAUCUAUGAGCGCGGGCUGAUUGGUGUUUAUCAUGAUUGGUGCGAACCAUUUAGCACAUAUCCAAGGUCCUACGAUCUUCUUCAUGCUGACCAUUUAUUCUCACGCUUGAAGAACAGAUGCAAGCAACCUAUUGUGAUUUUGGUUGAGAUGGACCGUAUUUUGAGACCUGGAGGUUGGGCCAUCAUCCGGGAAAAGCUCGAUAUUCUUGACCCAUUGGAGGCAAUUUUGAGAUCACUGCAUUGGGAAAUUGUGAUGACCUUCAGAAAGGACAAGGAGGGCAUCAUGUCUGUAAAGAAAACAACAUGGCGGCCACGGCAAAAAACCCACCCAAGGGGCCAAACCGGCAAACCUCCCCCAAACCCCAGUUCACCCCACGCUCCCAAACCCGCCGCGAUGCCGCCCUUCCCGGCGGCGACCACCGCCUCCGCCACCUCCCACCUCGCCCUGCUCCUCCUCUUCUCCUCUUCCUCCCUCUUCUUCCUCUACAAGUCCAUCAGCCUCCGCCGCCUCCGACGCAGCCCCUCCCCCACCGCCUCCCCCACCCCCACGCUGCUCUACGCCUCGGCCACCGGCACCUCCAAGACCCUGGCCGUGCGCCUCUCCCGCCGUAUCGCGGACGCUGGCGUGGACGCCCGCCCCACCGACGCGGCCGCCUUCGACCCGGACGACCUCCCCUCCGUCCCGCUGCUGCUCCUCGUCCUCCCCACGCACGAUGCCGGCGCCCCCCCUCCCGCCGCUGCCUUCCUCGCGCGCUGGCUCGCGGAGUCCGCAGCCGACUUCCGCGCCGGGGCGCUGCUCCUCUCCCGUGUCCGGUUCGCCAUAUUCGGCGUCGGGUCCCGGGCCUACGGGGACACCUUCAACGCCGCCGCCAGGAGCUUCUCGCGGUUGCUGCGCGAACUGGGAGCCGUCGAGGUGAUACCCGUUGUAGAGGGCGACGUGGAUGACGGGGACCUUGAGAUCGUGUUCGAGGAGUGGUGUGGGAAGGUGCUCAGGGUGGCGAACGGGGAGGAGGUUGAAGAUGGGGCCAACGGAGAGAGCGGUGGAUUUGAUGAGCUGGAGUUGGAAGGGGAGGAGUCUGAUUAUGAUGAUGAUGAUGAUGACGAGGAGGAGGAGGAGGUGGUAAAUGGGGAGGUUGACAUGGAAGACCUUGCUGGCAAGGCGACAGCAAGGAGGCAGAAUGGGAAGGUGGCGGGUUUGCCGAAUGGAGCAGAGAAUGGUGCGAGGGAGAUGGUCACUCCGAUCAUCAGGACAAGCUUAGAGAAGCAAGGCUACAAAAUUGUUGGUUCUCACAGUGGGGUAAAGAUUUGUAGAUGGACAAAGUCACAACUCCGAGGUCGUGGAGGGUGUUACAAGCACUCAUUUUAUGGCAUAGAAAGCCACAGAUGCAUGGAGGCAACUCCAAGUUUGGCUUGUGCAAAUAAGUGUGUGUUCUGUUGGAGGCAUCACACAAAUCCUGUUGGGAAGAGUUGGAAGUGGAAGAUGGAUGACCCUCUUGACAUUGUUAAUACCGCAAUUGAUGAACACAGGAAGAUGGUUAAGCAGAUGAAAGGGGUACCGGGGGUAAAGCCAGAACUGCUAGCAGAGGGUUUAUCUCCUAGACAUUGUGCAUUAUCUCUUGUUGGUGAACCAAUUAUGUACCCGGAGAUAAAUACUCUGGUUGAUGACCUACAUCGCAGACACAUAUCUACAUUUCUGGUUACAAAUGCUCAAUUUCCUGAAAAGAUCAAGACGCUGAAACCGAUAACCCAGCUAUAUGUCAGUGUGGAUGCAGCUACAAAAGAAAGCUUGAAGGCUGUUGACCGGCCACUUUUUUCAGACUUCUGGGAGCGUUUUCUGGAUUCACUCAAGUCCUUGCAUGACAAAGAUCAACGAACAGUAUAUCGACUGACAUUGGUCAAAGGCUGGAAUGCAGAAGAAAUAGAUGCAUAUGCGAACUUACUAAACCUUGGGCAACCCGAUUUCAUUGAAAUCAAGGGUGUAACAUACUGUGGCUCGUCAGCAACUUCAAAGUUGACCAUGGAGAAUGUACCCUGGCAUGCUGAUGUAAAAGAAUUCUCCGAGGUGUUGGCAUCAAAAAGUGGCGGUGUAUACGAAUUAGCCUGUGAGCAUGUGCAUUCAUGCUGUGUCCUACUCGCAAAGGUGGAUAAGUUUAAGAUCAAUGGCAAAUGGCAUACAUGGAUAGAUUAUGACCGAUUCCAUGAACUGGUGACAUCUGGAAAGCCUUUUAAGAGCUGUGAUUACAUGGCUCUGACACCAUCAUGGGCUGUCUACGGUGCAGAGGAAGGUGGCUUCGAUCCAGAUCAAUCUCGCUACAAGAAGGAAAGGCGCCAUGGAACUGCAGCUCUCAAAGGCUAACCAAUCUUGUCACUAACCACUAGUCCACUACUACAUUCCAGGAGCCAAUUUUUUUGAAGACAGAGCUGUGGAGAGUAGGGCGCCUGUGCCCGAUUCUUGUUUCUAUAAGUUUUGGAAUCGACCUUUUUCUGGAAUACUUUUUGUAUGGUAGUCCGAUGUAGUGAUGUUUUCCUUGAUCCCAAUCAGAGCGAAUUUAGAACAGAAAUUUUGAAACCGGGAAAUGAAGGUAUUUGUUCUACUGCUA